UUGGGGUUUGGGGUUUGGGGUUUGGGGUAAACGGGAAUAGGGCAUGAUACGCAAUGCGACAGUUUGUACACCCCAUUGUUUUUAAACGUGUAAGACAGGGGACUGUCCCGUUCCACUCCUGGUCUUUGUUCCAGCCAAAUAAACCUCUAUCCAGACCCUGAAGUCGUUCAUGAUCUCAUUGAAGCUGUCACACAAACCUGGAGUGGAAUCCUGGCCCUCCAGGACUGGGAUUGAUUGAUUGAUGGGACUUGCCUGCUAGAGGUUAUUCACUGUGCUCUCAAGCCUGGGGGAGUUGCAGCAAAUCCUGGAAGGAAUCAAGUGGCCGAGUCUUUUACUGGUACCAGCGGGGCUGUUUUCAAAGUGAUGGUCUCUAACCUGAAUGGUUUCCCAUAGAAGUUACUGGGAAUUCAUUUUCAAGCUGUAGUAGAGUCUAGCUGGAGCCCCAGCAAGCGAUGUGCGAAGGAAACGUGAGCUGUGACGCCAUGAUCCGGCCGUCCGAUCCACGCGUGACUUAGACAGUAGAGCGCAGGUUGUCAAACAGAACUUGAGCACGGUUUUCACCUGCAGCUCAAUCUCGUCUCGUUCCCAGUAUCAAACUGGGGCCGGUUCCUUCUGCAGCCCGCUCUGUAACCGGACACGUUACACACAAGUCUGAGCCCGCCAGUGCUCAGCAUGUCUUUGUGAAGCUGCUGUUUAUAAAGGAAGUCACCGGCUUCCAGGACUUCCCUGACAGAACAAGCACUGAACAAUAAGCAGGCCUGUUUGUAGCCGUGGAACUCGAGAUCAAUGGCGGGUAUUGCGUUACAUAACAACAACACGAAUUAAUCACGGUGCUGAUUAAACCCGUGCAGUCUACUUAAUACAAAACCAAAACACUUUGUAAUAAUAAUACAAUAAAACACACGAAAGCUGUAAACACGCACACACUGACACACACACACAGUGAAACACACACACUGCCACACGCACGCAGACAGACACACACAGUGACACGCACACAGUGAAACACACACACUGACACAUGCACCCACAGACAGACACACACACUGUCUGACAGACAGACACACACUGACAGACACUGAAACACAGAGACACACACACGCACUGAAACACACACACUGACACAUGCACCCACAGAGUCAGAUUGACACACAGAGACAGACACACACUGACACAGCACUGAAACAGACACAGAAACACACACACUGAAACACAGACGCAGAGACACACACACACUGACAAACAGGCAGACACACAUACAGACACUGAAACACAGACGCAGACACACACUGACACUGAAACAGAGACACACACUGACACAGACAAACAGAGACAGACAGACACGCAGUACUUUUCUGUACGCUAUACUUUUUAAUCGCACAACUGUCAAUAUUCUACAGCAACUUGGGUGCGAGAUUUAAAAUCGAGGUUAUUUUUUAUUUAGCAAACCGGCAUUAGCUGGUAGAACUGGAUCUGUUGCUGAUAAUGCACGGGGUUGAGAUUGAGUGUGUGAAAGCUAUAGUGGCUGCAAUUAUCGGGCAGGGUAACGUUAAUUAACAGGAGCGGCUUAUAAUGAGUUUGACAGGAACUCAGGCAAACCCUACCUCAGCAGCACAGUAGUUGUGCGCGCCUGUUAUAGUUCCCCUCGGCCCAUUGCUCCGAUGUUCCAUAUAGUUCCACCCGGACCGAACUCCGCUGCACAGCGCAUCUCCAGUUGUUACCCCCAGAUUUGAAGGGGUAACCCCUUGCUAAAAAGACCCCUGUAUUAACAGUCGGGUUCUCCUCAAUGCACACAGCAGAUUUCAUAGUACGCCCCCGGAGACCUGGAGACAUGCUUGAAGGAGUGCAUGGAAGCCCUGGAUCUCUUUCUCAACAACAAGUUUGAGGAGAGUCUGGAUAAACUGCGACCCCAGAUUAGGGACAGCAUGUACCACGCGCUCAUCCACGCUACCAUCGUGGAGAUGCGGGCCAUGAUGACGUUUGAGCACGAUGACAUCAUCAACGCAGGCAGCACCAUGAAGGGGGCCCAGGCGGUGUGUCACAGGUUUCGGAAGAAGUUGACGGUGGUUGGCAAGAUGUCCAAACCCACUGGAGAGGGUUUCACUGAAGAUGAGCUCCACGCUGAGGCUUGCUAUGCAGAGUGUUUGCUUCAGAGAGCUGCCCUCACUUUCCUGCAGGAUGAAAGCAUGGUGAGUUUUCUCAAAGGAGGGAUGAAGGUCCGCAGCAGCUACAUGAUUUACAAAGAGCUCCAUCAGUUCACUCAGUCCCACGACUUCCACAAAGGACCGAACCACAGCCAUCUAGAAGGGGGGGUGUCGCUGGGGAUCGGCGCGUUCAACCUGACCCUGUCUCUCUUCCCUCCUCGGAUAUUGAAGUUGCUGGAGUUUGCAGGGUUUUCUGGGGACAAGGAGUACGGUCUGGCUCAGCUUCAGGAAGGAGCCUCCUCUCUGAACCUGCGCUCCCUGCUGUGUACCAUGCUGCUGCUGUGUUACUACACCUUCCUCACCUUCAUCCUGGGGACCGGUGAUGAUGACAUCUCUGAGGCAGAGCGCUUAAUCAAGCCAUACCUGAGCCGCUAUCCCAAAGGGGCGAUAUUCCUAUUUUUCGCGGGCAGGAUAGAAGAAAUCAAGGGGAAUAUAAACCAGGCGAUCUCUCUCUUCGAGGAUGGCUGUGCUGCCCAGCAGGCAUGGAAGCAGUUCCAUCACAUGUGUUACUGGGAGCUCAUGUGGUGCUUCACCUACAAGCGGGUCUGGAAGAUGGCUUACUUCUACGCAGACCUGCUGAGCAAGGAGAGCCGCUGGUCCAAGGCCAUGUACGUGUACAUGAAAGCUGCCUUCCUCAGCAUGUUACCCCCGGGAGAGGAACGCCCUUUUGGAGACAAUGAGGUGGAGCUCUUCAGGCAGGUGCCCUCCUACAAGCAGAAGAUCGCUGGGAAGUCUCCCCCCACCGAGAAGUUUGCAAUCCGCAAGGCCCGGCGCUACAACAGCGACACCCCGAGAACGCUGCCGGUCCCUGUGCUGGAAAUGAUGUACAUGUGGAACGGGUUUGCGAUGAUUGAGAAGGACGAGGCUCUGACUCAAGGGGUGAUGGAGACGCUGCUAGAGGCUGAACGCAAGCUGCACGAAGGCCCAGUGAACGAGUAUUCGAGUGACGACAGCUGUGUCAUCACCCUGCUGAAGGGCCUGUGCUUCAGGAAUCAGGGGCAGAUCGACAGGGCAGAGGCCUGCUUCAUGCACAUCUGCUCCAGUGAGAAGCAUAUUCACCAUGAUGACUAUCUGGUUCCCAACGCUCUGCUGGAACUGAGCCUGAUGUACAUUCGACUGGGACGCAAGGAAGAGGCGAUCAGACUGCUGCAGCGCGCCAAGCAUAACUACAAGGAGUACUCGAUGGAAUCUCGCACGCAGUUCAGGAUUCACGCUGCGCUCAGCAGACUGAAAGCCGUGCCGGAGGAGAACGACAGCCUGUAGACACACGUGAACACACACACGUGAACACACACACGUGAACACACACACGUGAACACACACACACUCAAACUCACACACAGAGGCACACUCACACUCUCUCUCUCACACACAGAGAGACACACACACACACAGAGUCACGCUGUCUCUCUCUCUCACACACUCACACUCACACUCUCACACACACACUCACACACACAGAGAGACACACACACACACACACA